CGCGGCGUUAUGUUGGAGACAGCCGGUCAAUUGAGGGCCUGAACGCAGCUAACAUGCCAAACAUAUCUGCUAGCAAAAAGGCGUUGGUUGGUCGGCCUUGCCUCACCUGCCAACGUCGGAAAAUAAAGUGUGACCGAGCCAAACCAGAUUGUCACCGAUGUCAGAAGGCCGGGCUACAGUGUGGCGGAUAUGCCUCCGAUUCAUUUGUCCUUGUAGUUCCUACUCGAAUUUCCGGGGAAGGGGCCAAUAAAGUUAGAUUGAGGCGUACCAAAGGCAAAGAAAAUGUGAAAAGCACAAUCGUGCAGGAAGAUGACAACGGCACAGUCGAUGGAAGGAGUGGUGGUACCGUCCAGGUACCAGGAACGUCACCCCAGUCUUAUAUCAAUACAGCCCCAGAGAAUAGGAUGCAGGUGCUGUCCUAUUUUCUAGAACGUUAUUUGCCGGCUUCAAUGACUAGCCACCGCAAUUUUAUUACUCCGUCUUCUUGGGUGCGGAGUCUACCGAAUUUACUAGGCCGAUGGGAGGUGCUUGAUACCGCUCUUUCCGCGCUUUGCCUUGCAUAUAUUGGAGAUUUGCACCAAGGCUACGUGCACCUGCAUGAAAGCCAACGGUUUUAUAAUGAGGCACUGCUGAGGUUGAGGUCCAUGUCACUUGAUUCGCUGAAAUCGGCCAAUGAAGGCGUGCUUACAAUGACCAUGACGAUGGCCAUGUAUGAGCUCUUUCACAGUACCUAUGGGCGUCUUCAAGGCUGGAUGUUCCAUGUAAAAGGUGCAUGCCGAAUUCUACAGCUUCGAGGCCCGCCUACAAAAGAUACUCCCCUUGAUAUGAGUCUGUUUAACCGCGUGCGAAACACUGCAUUAUGGGACGCAUACGGGAGUCGAAAAAUGUUAUUUCUGGCUCGCCCAGAAUGGCAAAAUUUGUCCGACACUCCUCAUGAUAUCCUUCUCGACGCUCUAGUGUGCAUACCCGGUCUCAUAGAGGCCUCUGAUAACAUGCUCUCACUAACCCAGUCGGGACGAGUUGAUCUGCCCGGCAUUGAUGAUCUCCUCAGAUGUUGGCAUGCAAUCUAUCUGCGGCUCACGGAGUGGUAUGUUGAAUUCGAAAAGCAAGAGCCCGUUGGCCUCUAUGAUUGCGGACCACUUGACCGAAAAGGACACCCAUAUCUUGAUGCGGACAAGUCGCACCUGUACUCCAUGUUUCCACAAGUCAUCUCCUUCAGGGAUACAUAUGUGGCUCAAAACUUGCUCAUGUACUGGUUCGGUCAGCUUGUUGUCCAUACGACAAUGCUCCAACUUUAUGUGUCCAGAGAAAAGCAUCAAAAUCGGCUCAACCCCGAUGCAUUUCCCGGUAAUUACAAGGGCAUCCAUAGUAUAUCAAGAGGAAAUGUGCAAAAGGCUGGUGAUUAUUACGCGACCAAAAUCUGCCAAUCUACGGCAAAUCUCAGGGGUGGCUACGGCUUUCAAAUUGUGAUGGUUCCGCUUUGGGCAGCACAGCAAUUUUAUGACAUCUGCCAGGAUCCCAGAUAUGAGUGGUGUCAGACUGUGCUGAGAAAUUUCGGAGCUGUUGGGGGCUACGUUCUGUCAGCUGAAACGCUGGGAUUUUUGAGACCAGCACAGUAUCCGGGGAUCACAAUGAAAGGGGGAGACAUGGUUAUUAAUAGCAUAUAAUUACAUAUUCGCGUAUUUGUAAGAAAAAGUUCAUCUAGGAAACUAAUACUCAAUAAGAGAAGCUUUGAAAUUCUCUUGGC